UGUGCCCAAUUACUUUGUUAUUUGGAUAACUUCUUGUCACUGAUGAUUCUCACUCUCUCAACAGGUUCGUCUGGUUUUGGUCAGAAGCCUGUUUUUGGAGCAUUUGGGUCCAAUCCUACGCAACCAAGUCUUUUUGGAAGCACAACUCAGCCAUCACAGCCAGCAUUUGAGAGCAGUUUAGUUGGUUCCUCCACAUCAUUUGGUAUAUCAAGUCAGCCAGCAUUUGGUGCUACAGCCACCCCAGCCUUUGGUGCUACGACCACCCCAGCCUCUGGGGGUACAAGCAGUACAGCCUUUGGUUCCACAACAAGUCCUACGUUUGGAAGCACAGGAUCUGCAUUUGGGGUGUCAAGUUCCUCCUUGUUUGGAUCUACGGGAGCAUUUGGAGCUUCAAGCACCCCAGCUUUUGGUUCAUCUGGAUCCACCGUUAGUACUUCAAGCAAUUCGGGUUUUGGUGCGUCAAGUGCUCCAGGUUUUGGAAGCACAACUCAGCCAUCACAGCUAGAAUUUCGGAGCAGUAUAUUUGGUUCCUCCACAGCAUUUGGUGGAUCAAGUCAGCCAGCAUUUGGUGCUACCACCACCCCAUUCUUUGAUGGUACAAGUAGUCCAGCCUUUACCACCCCAGCGUUUGGUGCUACAAGCACCUCCCCAGCCUUUGGGGAUACAAGCAGUCAGGCCUUUUGUUCCACAGCAAGUCCUACGUUUGGAAGCACAGGAUCUGCAUUUGAUUCCAAUCCUACUCAACCAAGUCCUUUUGGAAGCACAACUCAGCCAUCACAGCCAGCAUUUGAGAGCAGUAUAGUUGGUUCCUCCACACCAUUUGGUGGAUCAAGUCAGCCAGCAUUUGGUGCUACCACCACAGCAGCCUUUGGUGCUACCACCACUCCUGCGUUUGGUGCUACAAGCAGCACCCCAGAGUUUGGUGCUACAAGCAUCCCCCCACCCUUUGGGACUACAAGCAGUCCAGCCUUUGGUUCCACAACAAGUCCUACGUUUGGAAGCACAGGAUCUGCAUUUGGGGUGUCAAGUUCCUCCUUGUUUGGAUCUACGGGAGCAUUUGGAGCUUCAAGCACCCCAGCUUUUGGUUCAUCUGGAUCCACCGUUGGUACUUCAAGCAAUUUGGGUUUUGGUGCGUCAAGUGCUCCAGGUUUUGGAAGCACAACUCAGCCAUCCCAGCUAGAAUUUUGGAGCAGUAUAUUUGGUUCCUCCACAGCAUUUGGUGGAUCAAGUCAGCCAGCAUUUGGUGCUACCACCACCCCAUCCUUUGAUGUUACAAGUAGUCCAGCCUUUACCACCCCAGCGUUUGGUGCUACAAGCACCUCCCCAGCCUUUGGGGCUACAAGCAGUCAGGCCUUUUGUUCCACAACAAGUCCUACGUUUGGAAGCGCCGGAUCUGCAUUUGGGUCCAAUCCUAUUCAACCAAGUCCUCUUGGAAGCACAACUCAGCCAUCACAGCCAGCAUUUGUGAGCAGUAUAGUUGGUUCCUCCACACCAUUUGGUGGAUCAAGUCAGCCAGCAUUUGGUGCUACCACAACCCCAGCCUUUGGUGCUACCACCACUCCAGCAUUUGGUGCUACAAGCAGCACCCCAGCCUUUGGUGCUACAAGCAGUCCAGCCUUUGGGGCUACAAGCAGUCCAGCCUUUGGUUCCACAACAAGUCCUACGUUUGGAAGCACAGGAUCUGCAUUUGGGUCCAAUCCUACUCAACCAAGUCCUUUUGGAAGCACAACUCAGCCAUCACAGCCAGCAUUUGAGAGCUGUAUAGUUGGUUCCUCCACACCAUUUGGUGGAUCAAGUCAGCCAGCAUUUGGUGCUACCACCACCCCAACCUUUGGUGGUACAAGUAGUCCAGGGCUUGGUGCUACGACCACCCCAGCGUUUGGUGCUACAAGCAUCCCCCCAGCCUUUGGGGCUACAAGCAGUCCAGCCUUUGGUUCCACAACAAGUCCUACGUUUGGAAGCACAGGAUCUGCAUUUGGGGUGUCAAGUUCCUCCUUUUUUGGAUGUAGAGCAUUUGGAGCUUCAAGCAACCCAGCUUUUGGUUCAUCUGGAUCCACCAUUGGUACUUCAAGCAAUUCAUGUUUUGGUGUGUCAAGUGCUCCAGGUUUUGGAAUCACAACUCAGCCAUCACAGCUAGAAUUUCGGAGCAGUAUAUUUGGUUCCUCCACACCAUUUGGUGGAUCAAGUCAGCCAGCAUUUGGUGCUACCACCACCCCAUCCUUUGGUACAAGUAGUCCAGCCUUUGAUGCUACGACCACCCCAGCGUUUGGUGCUACAAGCACCUCCCCAGCCUUUGGGGCUACAAGCAGUCAGGCGUUUUGUUCCACAACAAGUCCUACGUUUGGAAGCACAGGAUCUGCAUUUGGGUCCAAUCCUACUCAACCAAGUCCUUUUGGAAGCACAACUCAGCCAUCACGGCCAGCAUUUGAGAGCAGUAUAGUUGGUUCCUCCACACCAUUUGGUGGAUCAAGUCAGCCAGCAUUUGGUGCUACCACCAGCCCAGCCUUUGGUGCUACCACCACUCCAGCGUUUGGUGCUACAAGCAGCCCCCCAGCCAUUGGGGCUACAAGCAAUCCAGCCUUUGGGGCUACAAGCAGUCCAGCCUUUGGUUCCACAACAAGUCCUACGUUUGGAAGCACAGGAUCUGCAUUUGGGUCCAAUCCUACUCAACCAAGUCCUUUUGGAAGCACAACUCAGCCAUCACGGCCAGCAUUUGAGAGCAGUAUAGUUGGUUCCUCCACACCAUUUGGUGGAUCAAGUCAGCCAGCAUUUGGUGCUACCACCAGCCCAGCCUUUGGUGCUACCACCACUCCAGCGUUUGGUGCUACAAGCAGCACCCCAGCGUUUGGUGCUAUAAGCAGCACCCCAGCCAUUGGGGCUACAAGCAAUCCAGCCUUUGGGGCUACAAGCAGUCCAGCCUUUGGUUCCACAACAAGUCCUACGUUUGGAAGCACAGGAUCUGCAUUUGGGUCCAAUCCUACUCAACCAAGUCCUUUUGGAAGCACAACUCAGCCAUCACAGCUAGAAUUUCGGAGCAGUAUAUUUGGUUCCUCCACACCAUUUGGUGGAUCAAGUCAGCCAGCAUUUGGUGCUACCACCACCCCAUCCUUUGGUACAAGUAGUCCAGCCUUUGAUGCUACGACCACCCCAGCGUUUGGUGCUACAAGCACCUCCCUAGCCUUUGGGGCUACAAGCAGUCCAGCCUUUGGUUCCACAACAAGCCCUGCGUUUGGAAGCACAGGAUCUGCAUUUGGGUCCAAUCCUACUCAACCAAGUCCAUUUGGAAGCACAACUCAGCCAUCACGGCCAGCAUUUGAGAGCAGUAUAGUUGGUUCCUCCGCACCAUUUGGUGGAUCAAGUCAGCCAGCAUUUGGUGCUACCAUCACCCCAACCUUUGGUUGUACAAGUAGUCCAGCCUUUGGUGCUACGACCACCCAAGCGUUUGGUGCUACAAGCACCUCGGCUUUUGGUGCUACUAGCACCCACCCUGCCUUUGGGGCUACAAGCAGUCCAGCCUUUGGUUCCACAAGAAGUCCUGCAUUGGGAAGCACAGGAUCUGCAUUCGGGGUGUCAAAUUCCUCCUUGUUUGGAUCUACGGGAGCAUUUGGGGAUUCAAGCACCCCAGCUUUUGGUUCAUCUGGAUCCACCGUCGGUACUUCAAGCAAUCCAGGUUUUGGUGCGUCAAGUGCUCCUGGUUUUGGUUCAACUAUUACUCCAUCUUUCAGCUUUACGUCAGCUUCUGCUUUUGGCCAAUCAAAUUCUACAUUUGGUAGUGCCUCAUCUCCAUUUGGAGCACAGAGUUCUCCAUUCGGAGCUCAGCCAACACCAUUGGGGAACAAUACCUUUGGGCAGUCAGCUUUUUGGGGCCAACGACGUAGGGGUAGUAGAGUGGCUGCAUAUACAGAAACUCCUGAACCAGAUGGUGGUAGUGGGGCUACUGCUGCAAAAUUGGAUUCAGUAUCAGCAAUGCCAGUAUAUAAAGACAAAAGUCACGAAGAACUUCGCUGGGAGGAUUAUCAAUUGGGGGAUAAAGGUGGUCCAGCUCCUGCAGGUGGGAGUGGCUUUGGCAUGUCUACGGCACAACCAAACUCUUUGAAUACUGCGUCAUUAUUUCCUCAAGCAUCCACAAGCCCUUUUAAUGCCGCAACUGCACCUAAUUUGUUUACUGCAAAAAUUCCAUCCUUCUCUUCUACUGGCUUUGGAACAUCAUCUACACCAUUCAGUUCAUCAUCUUUUGGUUCAUCCAGUACUCCAUCUUUCUGCUUUUCAUCAGCUCCUGCUUUUGGCCAAUUAAAUUCUACAUUUGGUAGUGCCUCGUCUUCUUUUGGAGCACAGAGUUCUCCAUUCGGAACUCAGCCAACACCAUUGGGGAACAAUACCUUUGGGCAGUCAGCUUUUGGGGGCCAACAACGUAGGGGUAGUAGAGUGGCUGCAUGUACAGAAACUCCUGAACCAGAUGGUGGUAGUGGGGCUACUGCUGCAAAAUUGGAUUCAGUAUCAGCAAUGCCAGUAUAUAAAGACAAAAGUCACGAAGAACUUCGCUGGGAGGAUUAUCAAUUGGGGGAUAAAGGUGGUCCAGCUCCUGCUGGUGGGAGUGGCUUUGGCAUGUCUACGGCACAGCCAAACUCUUUGAAUACUGCGUCAUUAUUUCCUCAAGCAUCCACAAGCCCUUUUAAUGCCGCAACUGCACCUAAUUUGUUUACUGCAAAAAUUCCAUCCUUCUCUUCUACUGGCUUUGGAACAUCGUCUACACCAUUCAGUUCAUCAUCUUUUGGUUCAUCUAGUACUCCAUCUUUCUGCUUUUCAUCAGCUCCUGCUUUUGGCCAAUCAAAUUCUACAUUUGGUAGUGCCUCGUCUUCUUUUGGAGCACAGAGUUCUCCAUUCGGAACUCGGCCAACACCAUUGGGGAACAAUACCUUUGGGCAGUCAGCUUUUGGGGGCCAACAACGUAGGGGUAGUAGAGUGGCUGCAUAUACAGAAACUCCUGAACCAGAUGGUGGUAGUGGGGCUACUGCUGCAAAAUUGGAUUCAGUAUCAGCAAUGCCAGUAUAUAAAGACAAAAGUCACGAAGAACUUCGCUGGGAGGAUUAUCAAUUGGGGGAUAAAGGUGGGAGUGGCUUUGGCAUGUCUAUGUCACAACCAAACCCUUUGAAUACUGCACCGUCAUUUCCUCGAGCAUCUACAAGCCCUUUUAAUACCGCAACUUCAUCUAGUUUGUUUGCAACAAAAACUCCACCCGUCUCUUCUACAGGCUUUGGAACAUCGUCUACACUAUUCAGUUCAUCAUCUUUUGGGUUUUCUAUUUCAUCCAGUAUUCUUACCCCAUCAUCAUCUCAUUCAGGUUUUGGGCAAACCUCAUCUCCAUCUCUCUUUAGUUCAUCAAUGCCGUGCACAUUUUCAUUUUCUGCUUUAGCUCAAACAUCAAAUUCCACAUUUAGUACGGGACUAUUCAAUUCCACUGCUCCAGUUGCACCGACAGGUAGUACUUUUGGACUAAGUACCACUUCGGUUGGAUCUGGGCAUGGAUUUUAUAUUUCAAGUGCCCCAGCUUCUGGUUCCUCUAGCUCCACUUUUGGUACUUCAAGCAAUCCUACUUCUGCGGCUUCAAAUACCCCUGGAUUUGGUUCUUCAUGUACUCCAUCUUUCAGCUUUUCAUUCCUUCCUUCUUUUGGGCAGUCAUCUUCUACAUUUGCUAGCAGCCAAUUUGGUCCUUCAUGUCCUUCUGGAUCGCAGAGUCCUCCAUUUGGAAUACCUCAUUGUGGGCAUGCGCUCAAUCAACAAGGAAUAUAUAGGAAUACCUCGUUGUUUAUUGUUUCAUUGUGGACAUCAGCUUGUGGGGGCCAAUUUGGGGGAAGUAGAGUGGCUCCUUACACUGAAACAGCUGGACCAGAUGGUAGUUCAUCAAGUGGGGUAUACCAGUCAAUAUGCGGGAUGCAGAUUUAUGGAGACAAAAGUCAUGAGGAACUGAGAUGGCAGGAUUAUCAAUUUGGGGGUGGACGGGCUCUUGGUAGUGGGAGCUGCUUUGCCUUGUCUACCACCCAGUCAAACCUUUUGAAUCCUGAUCCAGCAUUUAUUCAUACGUCUUCGAGUCUUUUGAAUACCUCAACUCUACCUAAUAUGUUUGCUCCACAAAUUCCAGUCUUUACUCGUACAGCCUUUGGAGCCUCAUUUACACCAUUGAUUUCACCCAAUCUGUUUUCAUCUCUGUCUCUUUUUAUUUCAUCAGCCAUGCCUACAUCUACAGUUGCAUUUCCUGCUCCAGCUCCAACAACUUCCACAUUUAAUUCUUGCACAAUCAAUUCUACAUCUUCUAUUGCACAAACAGGUGGUACUGCUGGACUAACUACCACUCCCUUUGGUGGGCUGUUUACAAUUCCCUCUGGUAAUACACAUAUAUCCUAUAAAGAGAGGUUUCCAUUAGAGGAAAAAAGGAGGUUGCGGAUUAUGAAUGCAAGAAGGCGUAAUCACAAGAAAAAUGAUCAAAAUGGCCCUUCUUCUUCUUUCCCUUCCCGGCCAUAGGCGGUGCACAUGCAAAACUAGCAGAUGCUAUCCACUUCCUACAAGAAGCAUUGCUUUAGGUGUUUAGUUCAAUCGAAUAGGAUUUUUGAUGUAACUGGUUAAGCUGUAGUUGGCAUUUUCAGGACAAAUUUCUGUGCAGGAUGGUCAUUGACUUGUCAAAUUUAUAAAUUUUUUGUUUUUGGUCAAGUUAUGGAAACAAAAGAAAGUAGAGUUCUGGUAA